ACGUGAGGCGGCCCGGGCCACGUGAUCGCGCCUGGGCCCCGGCGCCGCUCCGCUUCCGCUCCUCCCUUUGGCGGCUCACGGCCCGCCGCCGGCUGGUAAUUCUCCCUCUCGGCGAGCUUCCAAGAUCCGUAGGCGCUCCCGGAGGCUGGGCUCAGCUGGACUGCGCGCGGUAGCAGCGGGCCUCGCAGGUAGAAAAGGCUCAGAUCUGAAGGUAGAGGAAUGAUUGGACGUGUUGCUGGGGAAAGUGAGCUUUCCAUUUAACCAAAGCAGAGAUGUUGGCUUAUUAAUAAGAAUUACUUGAAGCCAGAGUCAUGGUGGAUGUAGGGAAGUGGCCAAUCUUUACUCUGCUCUCACCUCAAGAAAUUGCUUGUAUUCGAAAAGCCUGUGUCUUUGGUACCUCUGCCAAUGAAGCACUCUAUGUCACUGACAGUGAUGAGGUCUUUGUAUUUGGACUGAACUAUAGUAACUGUCUAGGAACUGGAGAUAACCAGAGUAUACUGGUACCCAAAAAGUUGGAAGCCUUGUGUGGAAAGAAGAUUAAAAGCCUUAGUUAUGGGAGUGGACCACAUGUUCUUCUCAGCACUGAAGAUGGAGUCGUUUAUGCUUGGGGCCACAAUGGAUAUAGCCAGCUUGGGAAUGGGACAACCAACCAAGGCAUCGCUCCCAUCCAAGUCUGUACCAAUCUCUUGAUCAAGCAAGUGGUUGAAGUAGCUUGUGGCUCACAUCAUUCAAUGGCUCUGGCAGCUGAUGGAGAGGUAUUUGCUUGGGGCUAUAACAACUGUGGCCAGGUAGGAUCAGGAUCUACAGCGAAUCAACCAACCCCAAGAAAAGUUACCAACUGUUUACAUAUUAAGAGGGUAGUUGGCAUUGCCUGUGGUCAGACCUCGUCCAUGGCUGUUCUGGACAAUGGUGAGGUGUAUGGCUGGGGUUACAAUGGCAACGGCCAGUUAGGCUUGGGGAGCAAUGGCAACCAGCUGACCCCCGUGAGAGUGGCAGCUUUGCACAGUGUGUGUGUGAACCAGAUUGUCUGCGGCUAUGCACACACUCUAGCACUAACAGAUGAGGGUUUGCUCUAUGCCUGGGGAGCUAACACGUAUGGGCAGCUGGGAACUGGCAAUAAAAAUAACCUGCUAAGCCCAGCACACAUCGUGGUGGAGAAAGAAAGGGUUGUAGAGGUUGCAGCCUGCCACUCUGCCCACACAUCGGCUGCCAAGACGCAGGGUGGGCACGUGUACAUGUGGGGCCAGUGCCGGGGCCAGUCAGUGACCCUGCCCCACCUCACCCACUUCUCCUGCACUGACGAUGUGUUCGCCUGCUUCGCCACUCCUGCCGUCUCGUGGCGCCUCCUGUCUAUAGAACAUGAAGACUUUUUAACAGUUGCAGAGUCACUGAAGAAAGAAUUCGAUAGUCCAGAAACUGCUGAUCUGAAGUUCCGAAUUGAUGGGAAAUAUAUCCAUGUCCACAAAGCUGUUUUGAAAAUCAGUCCUCUAGGUAGUUCUGCAAAAAUCAGCUUAUCAAGACUGUCUGCCCUUCCUCCAUAG